AUGCACGCCGAGUCGGGCCGAUGUGUCUCUGCCAGCGCACCGUCCGCCUACAGGCCCCGGGUGGAGCAGGUGCAGAGCACUCCCAGGGCCACGCGCGACGCACGCCGCGGGAAGACGGCGGUGCCCGGCUUCUGUGGGAGACCCCACACGUGGAUCACGUCGGGUCCUCACUUUGCCACGCACGUCCAAGAGCUCAUGGACGGCGCUGGGCCCUUUAGCGCAGACCCUUUCAGCGCCAUUGAUGACAGCCGCGAUUGUCUCCGCGCGGCCGCCAGGAAUCUGAAGGCAGACACAGAGCGGAUCCUUUACAACGAAGCAUGGGUUGAGGUCUGUUUCUACGGGUGCGAAGGCGGCUGGUUCCUUUGUGCUCGGGCGUUAAGCAAGGUGGUGCUGGUUGACGACCACAGCCAGCUGGACGAGCUGUCCCUGCUGCCGGAGCAUCUGGAACGACUCCAGAGGCAACUGCCCCCGGAGAAGGUCCGGCUGGUCCGCAGGAGCAUCCACAACGGCAUCGUUGGAGCGAGGAACGCCGGCGCCAAAGAGGCCAGGUACCCCAUCCUGGUCAUAUUGGACUCCCACGCGCAG